AUGUCUAACAAAGGCUGCGUUAGCCAAUAAACGUUUUUUUAUAGUGCUAGUUUUAUUAUUUCGCGCAAUUAUAUUAUUGAUAAUUCUAAUUAAUACAAGUACUCGCCAGAAAACAAGUUACAAAAAUGGGAGAUUCAUUUGCAAGAGGCAGUGGACUAAUGAGAGGGAGAGGCGGUCCUCCUCGUGUGUCUCGUGGUGGGCCUGGUUUAAGAGGCAGACCACCUGGUCGAGGAAUGUUUCCGCCUCGUGGAAGAGGAGGACCACCACCACCUAUUCGUGGAGCUCCUUUGAGAAGAGGUGGUCCACUUCCAAGAGGAAGGCCACCAUUGCGAAGAGGUCCUCUUGGACCACUGAGAGGAAGAGGAGCACCACGUGGAGAUAUGGCACGGGGGCGAAGACUUUUGGGAGGACCUCAGGGUGGUCCUCCUCCUAAAAGGGGACAUUGGGAUGAAGGUGGAGGAUAUCCCAACUAUGAUAGUUUUGGCCCACCAGGUCAUGAAGAGCCAAGAGAAAUCUAUCCUUCAAAGAGGAUCCCGGUUCAUUGCAGUGCAGGCUCUGAAUAUUCUCCAAAUGAUUAUGGCAUGGAAGGAAUUGAUUAUCACAAUCCAUCUGGAUAUGGAGGAUCUUCAUCGUACAAUGGAAUGGGUAACUUUGGAGAUGCAUAUGAUCAACCAGAACAGAGAGUUGCUGUUUAUAGUAAGCCUGAAGAUCCAUAUAAAAGACAUGCUCCUGUAGAUCCAUAUGGUUAUCCACAGUCAGAAUCUCAUUCUAGGCCAGAUCCAUAUGCCAGAUCUCAACUUCCACCCGAUCCUUAUGGGCGUCCAGCUCCACCCCAAGGCUCUUAUUCUAGACCUGUACCUCUUUCAUCCUCGUAUGGACGACCUGAGGAUCCAUAUACUCAAUCAGAUCCAUCAGUUAGACAAGCACCUCCUGCUGAUGCUUAUAUCAGACCCUCAUCUUACACUGAGCAGUAUGGAAGACCAGCACCACCAGAUCCUUAUGGUCGCCCACCGGCCCCUGACCCUUCAAGUAGACAUGCACUAGCAGAUCUACAUUCCAGACCCAUGCUACCAGAUCCUUAUGCAAAGCCAACAGCACCAGCUUAUUCACAAGGUAGUGGAUAUGGAUCCAGUGCAGGUGUUCCUGGUGCAGGGGAAUCAUACUGGAGUAGUUCAGGUGCAUCCAGAGCUGCUAAUGAGUAUGACUACAACAGUUACGCUCCAAGAUAUGAUAGUUACUCUAGUUAUGGGCCCCCUCCGCCUCAAUAUUGAGUUUGGUGAGAGAUGUAUCACAGCUUCCUGUACACUCGUGUUUUGAUUUAUAUUUCUCAUUGUCUUUGCACACCUUCAAGUAAUAGUAAUAUGUAGUAUUCUAAGCCUUUUAUCAUUUCUCUGAGCAUAUCUGUAAUAACUGACCUUCACAAUGAGAUAAGCAGAUUUGCUUUUCCAGAAUUGGUCAUUUUAAAAAUGACAUAUAUAGAUAUAUUAAUCAUCCAAUCUUUUAAAAGAAAAAUUAGAAAGACAUUGAAGUUUUUAAUAUCAUUGUGUGAAACUGUUAGAAAAGUAACCAUGGUCUUGUUGGCUUGAUAAUGUUUACGGUUGUUUUGUGAAAUGUAUUGAGAGAGAAGAAUGCAAUUUAAAAAAAAAAACUAAAGACAAAGGUAGUAUUUUUAAUCCAACAAAGGAAUGGAAAAAUUAAAUGUUUUUUGGAUCAUUGUAUUUUGUGUAUUUCGAUAAAUCUUAAGAAAUUACUUGCUGUAUGUGACUAGAAGGAUUAAAAGUAGUAUGAAAAAUCUAUGAUUUUUUUUUAUUAAAAUAUAUUUCCCUCGGGUCA